AUGGUCUCCGGUCCCCGCUUCGAACCGUCUCUCAUCAAGAACAAGGUCAAGAGGGAGGAUGUAUACCGGAAGAAGAAGAAGGCCAAGUCUCAGGACAAACUACAGAGACGCUUGGCUCAGGCCAAACUAGAGGCGAGUGACCCAGCAGCGAAACAGAAACGCAAAUCUGAAAAUGUCCCGCAUACACUGGACAACCAACGAGAGUUCGACCCUUCCAUCUUGACCGCGCAGCCGCAAGCUUCCUCUUCCGCCGUUCAGCUUGUUGAUGCGCCAGAGAAUACAAGCCCAGACGCUAAUGCCCAGCCAGCAAACGAGGCUGCCGCAGAUAUUGCCUCGGAUGAGUUUGCAGCGUACUUUGAAUCCGUCCUGGAUCCCACUAUCCCGCCGAAGGUCCUGGUCACUACCGGAUUCAAAGCUACCAAGGCCACUUACGACUUCUGUGAUGAAAUCUCUACCAUCUUCCCGGGUGCUGAAUUCAUCAGGAGGAAGAAGGGGAAAGGAUUCGAGAUGGGAAAGAUUGCAAUGUGGGCGGGCGCGAGAGGGUACACGAAUUUGUGUGUUGUGAACGAAGACCAAAAGAAGCCAAAUGCCAUCACGUUGGUUCACCUCCCUAACGGACCCACUGCAUACUUCAAACUGACGUCGAUCGAGAAUUCGAAACGUAUACGAGGCCAUGCGAAACCAACUACGCAUUAUCCUGAGCUUGUCCUCAACGGCUUCGUCACCCGUCUCGGGCACGCCGUCGGGCGUAUGUUCCAGACGCUCUUCCCUCCCAUGCCCGAAUUCCAGGGUCGCCAAGUCGUGACUCUACAUAAUCAGAGAGACUUCCUCUUCUUCCGCCGGCACAGGUAUGCUUUCCGGUCCACGGAAAAGGUCGCGUUGCAGGAGAUUGGGCCUCGGUUCACGCUUAAGUUACGGUGGCUGACAAAAGGCAUACCGGCCGUGCAGCAUAUGGGUGAGCCGUCGAAGGAGCUGCAAUUCGACAAGGGAGAGCAAGAGACAACCCAACCCGCCGAAGUGGAAAGGCAGGAAGAUUCGACUGAGGCGGGCGGCGAAAAAUCUAUUGUACAACCUCCUCGACAGGAUGAGUAUCUCUGGAUCUGGAAGCCGGAGUUAGAGACGACUAGACGAACGUUCUUCCUCUAGUCCUUCUCCACGUUUGAGAUGGAGCCAGAGAUUGGCUUCUGUCUGUAGGCGACCGGGUACCAUGUAGUAUCUGGACAAUUGAUUUGUUGCUGUUACACCGACCCACGAGUACGGCUCCCAUGAGAGAUUCAAGCUGUUGUGGUCGAUUCUCGUAUAGUAUACAAUGCACAGUUCGAGAUGAUAUGCCGUUGUAAAUGGG